AUGUCAACGCGGUCGGCCUACCGAGGAACGAUUGCGCUCAAGACUCUGAAGAGACCCAGAGUCCAGACCCUGCGCAAGGUCUACGCGACUGCAGUCGAGGAGGAGCAGAUCAUUUUGGCCGAGGACGGUGGCUUUGAAGAGCUGCUGUGCCUGCACAAGCACGAGCAUCCCAAGGUCAAGAUCCUUGCCUCGACCGUUCUCUCGCACCUCACCACCAACAGCGAGGAUGAGGUGGUCAUCUCCGCGCUAGAGGGCUAUGCGCCCCUCUUCGAGAUGCUCGAGCUGAAGGAAGAGGAACUGCGCUCCAAGGCGGCCAUGACGCUGGCCAUCCUCGCUGAGCAUCCCGACAGCCAAGAGCUGAUCCUCGAGGCGGCCGGACGCUGGUCCAAGAUCACGGCGCUGGUGAGGUCCAGCAACUCCACAGUCCAGCGCGGGGGCCUUCUUCUCUGCGGCGCCCUCGUGGUGAACGCGGAACUGCGGGACUCGUUCAUCAAGGAGGGGUGCGUGGGCCAGGUGCUGAAGGGGGCCAAGAACAAGGACCUCAAGGUGCAGCGCGCGAUGGCCACCUGUCUGGCCAACCUGGCUCAGGAUACCAAAGCCGCCAAGGAGUGCCUCAGCGGCGACAUGACGCGCGUCAUCCUCGGCUGGAUCGAUCAGGAUGACGAUGAGCUCACAGGCGCCUCCCUGACCAUCCUGGCCAACGCCUCCAGCAGAGAUGAGCUGAAGGAGAAGCUGGUGAAGGACGGUGCACUGGAUGUCGUGCCGCCGCUGGUCCUGCACGAGAACGAGACCGUGCGCACGGGCGCCCUCACUCUCCUCUCCAAUCUCUCCACCGUCGAGGAGGCCAACAAGGUUGCCUUGGCGUGUCUGGACGACAUCAUCGAGGUGGCCAAGACAAGCGACAACGCCGACCACACGCUGCACGCGGUUAUGACCCUCAGCAACCUGACCUCGUUCGAGACGUCCCAGCAGGAGCUCAAGGAGAAGGGCAUCGACGUCUAUCUCAACCACCUGCACGCUACCACCAAGGAUCCCAACAUCCGGCGGGAGCUGGCCCAGUCGCUGGCCGAGCUCGGUCAGCCGGUCGCGGGCGGCGGCAAGCGCGACGAUGAGAGGGACAUGGAGAACGAUGCGGAGGACGAUGACGACGAGACGCGAAAGUCGGUCAAGGAGGAGCUCAAGAACCAGAUCAAGGUGCUUGUCGAUCGCCUCGAGAAGGAGAAGCGCGAAUCCGAGCUGGAGAAGAUCACGUCCGAACUGUUCUUGAUCCUGCAGCAGAAGAAGGAGUCCCAUAAUAUCCUGUGGCUGAAGAACGGUGUCGGUGCGCUGGUGGAGCACAUCGCAUCGGGCGGCGAAGCGCCGGCCACUGCCUCCCAGUUCAACUCCAUCAAGGCGCUGGCCGAGCUGGCCAAGUACAGGAAGAACCGGGUGCGCAUCGGCAACUCGCAGGCCAUCCCGCCCCUCCUUAGACACAGCAAGUACAGCAGCACCAACACCGCGUUAGUCCUCGCCGCACUAUUCGUCCUCGAGGACCUCACUCAAAAAGACACGUUGGUAGAGAAGUUCCGAGAGGCCGCACCCUUUGAUGUGCUGAAAAUGCACCUUACCAGCGCACAAGCCAACGUGGAGAUUCAGGCCAGCUGCCUGAUCCUCCUGCAGCGCUGGGUGUUGGACAACCCUCCGGCCCAGGUAGAGUUCCGUGUGAAGAAGGGAUUCGAGAUGGUGGUGCGCAUGAUGGGGUCGUCCUCGCCUAUGAUCAAGGAGCUUGCCGCCUACGCUCUCGGCGGUGCGUGCGCUGGACAGCGCCGCCUGCAGCAGGCCGCCGCCAAAGCCAAGGCGAUUUCGUGCCUUGCGGCCGCGAUGAACCCGAAGGAGGAGCUGCCUGUGCGCACGGCCGCGUGCACGGCACUCGGACUGGUAAUCCAGCAGGACCAGUCCAAUCAGGACAAGCUGCGCAACACAAAGGGUGCCAUCGAGUCCCUUGUCGACCUGAUGGGGAUACAGGGUAAGACGCCUGACCCCAAGCACCCCGGCGGCACCACGCUCGAGCAGCAGGCCCAGUGGGUGACCCUCUCCACUGCCGGCAACUUCUCGUAUCUCUACGCCAAGGGCCAGAACGCCCUGCGCACCAAGAAAUGCAUUCCGCUCGUCACGGCGUUCAUCAUGUCAGACGACCCUGCCGUGACGCUGGCCCACAAGGAGCAGGCCACCCGUCUGCUGAGCUACAUGUGCUUCUACAGCAGCAAGAACCAGGAGCUCAUCGGCACGCCCGCCGUCGCCGCGGCCAUCGUCGCCAACCUGGCGCUGGACAGCAAGCGGCUGCAGUACUACACGGAGGGCCUCAUCUGGUCGCUUGCCCACAACAGCAAGAAGAGGCGCGCCAUCUUCGUCAACGCCGGCGCCAUCGCCGCCGUCGGACAGCUGACGCAAUCAACAUCGGAGGCCGUGGCCAAGGGCGCCGAGUGGGCAAAGAAGGCGCUCGGCAAGAAGUGA